UUGUGCAUGCAUAUCAAUUUGUGUAAAGACAGUACAAUAGUUUCGAAGGGUUGUCCAAUACAUCAAAACCAUGUUAAUUGAACUGUUUCUUUUGUGCAUUGGAGCUUUUCUUCUGUUCUUCCAGCUCAGAAUUCGGCGACUCAAAAACUUCCCCCCUGGACCCACACCUUAUCCCUUAUUUGGAAAUUUGCUACAACUGGAUCGCAGAAACCCUUUGAAGGACCUGGAUAAGUUUGCUCUGCAGUAUGGUUCACUCUACAGUCUGUAUAUUGGUAGGCAUCCAGCAGUAGUGUUGACAGGUCACAAAGUGAUCAGAGAGGCAUUGGUCACACAAGCGGUGGAGUUUGCUGGUAGACCGAGUACUAUGUUAAUCAGUCAUUUAACACAGAACAAAGGGGUGAUCAUGGCGGAUUUUGGAAAUUCUUGGAAGGAACAUCGACGUUUUGCUCUAACCACACUGAAGAACUUCGGCCUUGGAAAGAAAAGUAUGGAGCAGAGGAUUCUGGAUGAGGUCAAAUUUAUCAUCUCUCUUCUGGAGGACUCCGCUGGGAAGGCAAUUGAUCCACAAUAUCUUUUCCACCACGCUGCUUCAAACAUCAUUGGCACUAUCAUCUUUGGGUCACGCUUUAGAUAUCAGGAUGAAUAUUUCCAAAAAUUGGUUACUGCUAUUGGCCAUUUUACUAAAGUUAUCAUCGGACCAUGGGCAAUGCUCUAUGAAAUAGCUCCAGCACUAAGGAUUUUCCCACUGCCAUUCAGGAAAAGUUUUCAAUAUUUUGAGCAGAUUACAGAACACAUUCUUAAAGUUGUUGGUGAGCACAAGAUGUCACGGGUUGCUGGGAAGCCUAGAGACUUGAUUGAUGUUUACCUGGAGGAGAUGGAGAAGAGAGCAGAUCAAUGCACAACAUUUAAUGAUUCUCAGAUGGCCACUUUGCUUCUUGACUUGUUUUUGGCUGGAACUGAGACAACCUCUAACACACUCCGCACCUUAACCCUCUAUUUGAUGACCCACACUUACAUACAGGAUCGAUGUCAGCAAGAGAUUGAUGAAGUCCUUGGGGCUCGUGAACAUGUUACAUACGAGGACAGAAAUGCUAUGCCAUACGUUCAGGCAGUGAUUCAUGAGGCUCAGCGUGUUGGUGACAUAGUUCCUCUUAGUAUGUUUCACACUGCCACAACCAACACCAAACUACAGGGCUACAGCAUCCCAAAGGGGACUAUUAUCAUUCCUAAUUUGUCAUCUGCUCUCCGAGAUAAAAGUCAGUGGAAGUUUCCCAAUGAAUUCAACCCUGAAAACUUCUUGAAUGAAAAGGGGGAAUUUGUGAAACCUGAUGCAUUCAUGCCUUUUUCUGUUGGAUCCCGUGCAUGUUUAGGAGAGAGUCUAGCUCGCAUGGAGCUCUUUCUCAUCCUGGUCACAAUACUGCGGCGAUUUCGUCUGAUCUGGCCAGAGGAUGCAGGAGUACCAGACUUCAAUCUUAUAUAUGGUGGGACACAGUCAGUAAAACCAUAUCGUCUGUGUGCAGAACUACGUAGACCAGAGAAGACUUGCAAAUCUUAAGUUUGUUUCUUAUACCAAAGCACUCACUAUUAAGCAAAACAAAAAUUACAUAAUUUCUCACAAUUAAAGAAUAUGACCUAGAUCA